AUGGUCAAAACACAGCAAUGGCUCCUCAACGCCCACCCAGAUGGGCUUCCCACCUACCACGGCUCAAACUCGACCUUUAAAAUGAUAGAAAAGGAUCUACCGUCGGUAGGGAGUGACCAAGUCCUAGUCAAGGCCAAAUAUUACUCCAAUGACCCAGCCCAGCGCGGAUGGAUCGACCAUUACCCAGAUGAGAGCCGCUUGUACGUCCCACCUGUUCACACAGGCGACGUCAUGCGAGCUUUCGGCCUGGCUGAGGUUGUCGAGUCCAAAUCCGACAAGUUCAAGAAGGGCGACCUGAUCCGCACCCUGCUCAAUUGGACGGAAUACAGCGUGCUGGAUGCGAAAAAUGUCCAGCUCUGCGACCCACUGCCCAAGAAUGUGUCUCCUACUCAGUACUUGGGCGCCCUGGGCUUGACUGGUUUGACGGCGUACAUGGGCCUGCUCGAGGUGAGCCAGGCAACCAAGGACGAUAUUGUGGUUGUUUCCGGUGCUGCUGGCGCGACCGGUUCCAUGGUCGUGCAGAUUGCCAAGACGAUCGUGGGAUGCAAGAAAGUCAUCGGCAUCGCGGGCGGACAGCAAAAGUGCGACUGGGUGAAGAAGCUGGGAGCAGACGAGUGCAUCGACUACAAGGCCUCGGACUUCAAGCAGCGGCUAUCCAAGGCGACUACCGAGUACGCAAACGUGUACUUUGACAAUGUCGGCGGCGAUAUCCUCGACUUCAUGCUCACUCGAAUGGCGCGGGACGGAAGGAUCGCUGCGUGCGGUGCUAUCUCGCAAUACAACGCCAAGGAGAAUGAUGACGGAGACAAAUUAAAGAAUUGGUUUCAAGUCAUUAGUAUGCGAUUACGCAUUCGUGGCUUCAUCGUCAAUGAUUUCCCCUGGAGGGUCGAAGAGGCGCAGAAGACUCUUCAUAAGGCUCUUGAGGACGGGAAACUGGACAUCACCGAGGGCGAACACGUUGUUGAGACCAGGUUUGAGGAUGUGCCGGCGACUUGGCUUAAAUUAUUUGAGGGUGCAAACACUGGCAAGUUGGUAACCAAGCUGGUCGGAACAGCUGAGCGCCUUUGA